AUGUCUUCUUUCUCCGUAACCAGCACUAGAACCAGCGGAGGGGUUCACUAUGUCUACGGCCAAGUGCCCACUGGAUACUCAGCAACCUCCAUGUCACCGUUCGGUGCAGACAUCGGGGAAGAUCCUCUCUAUGGGCAAAUUGAUCCCUUGUUGAGAGAGUCAAACUGCUCAGACGAUAGCUCGCAAUAUUGGCAGGUUCCAGUGCUUUCAUCAUGCUUUCAACAGCCUCCAAACGACGCUUGCCUCGACCCUCGUCUGACUCGCGACGCUUCCAACGGCAGCAUUUAUCAAGCUGAUUACGUACGGAAUGGAUCGCCGUCUUCUUUCCAUGGCUCGCCGGUGUUUAGCUUGACGAAGAGCCCAUCUAUUGGCAGUAGUAGCUACGACAUGGCGGCAGAUCCCCCCACACCACCAGAUGCACAAGGCAAUAUCAUCUCGCUGGGAACUCCAUAUGACUCUGAUUAUUAUGAAUCCAGCACCAAACAGCCAGAGGUUAGCUACUAUCCAGGCCCGCAAGAUGAAGACAUGCACAAGCAUAUUGCAAACCAAACAUACUGCAACGGGGAAAGUCACGAGUUCAAUGGACAAUAUAUGUUUGAUGCUGCUCCCCGCAGUGAUUCCUUGGAUCAUAUCAGCGCUCAUAGCGCACACAUUAGUGCUGCCGGUGCUGGCGCUCGUCACUAUCCUCCCUGCGCUGCUUUUCCUUAUGCCAACCCAGCCCGACAUAUCAAGGAAGAGAGCAUGCCACCAAACACUGAAAAGAGGGCAUUGACUACCAGGGUGGUGAAGAGGCGUAGCCGCGCCUCGCAAUAUCGCUACGAUCCCAUCUCCUCUGGCAAACAAGCCUCUGUUGAUCACGAGGUUUCGUCGCAAGGUGAUAGGAAGCGUAAGGUUUACGCGACAAACAAAAGAUUCUGCCACAAGUGCAAGAAGCAUUUCCCAAGCCGGGGAUCUCUUGACGAGCAUACGGGCAUGGCUCACCCCCGGCCCUACAUCUGUGUCUUCCACUACGCAGGCUGCACCGCCAGAUUUGAUGCCAAGAACGAAUGGAAGCGCCACGUUAGCACAAAGCACUUGGGUUUAAAAUACUGGGUCUGCAUGGAAGGCAAAUGCGCCGAUGAGCGGCAGUCGGUGUUCCAGCAGCGCGCAGGCCUGGAGCCGAACGGCAACAUCUUCAACCGCAAGGACCUGUACACCCAGCACAUUCGGCGCAUGCACUCUAACAUUGCUGGCCAGAGCACAACCAACUACAAGGGCGCGGAUGCCAGAUCCGACUUUAUGGUGAAGAGAAUGCAAGAAGACGCUUUGCGCAUCCGAUGCCGGCUCCCAACUUGGAUGCCUUGCCCCGUAAAAUCCUGCGAUAAAUCGUUCAGGGGCAGCAACGCUUGGGACGAGCGCAUGGAGCACGUGGCUCAGCAGCACUUUGAAAACGCGGCUGCCGGCAAGGAGCCUCCGGUAGAGUUUGGAGGGCUCCACGACUACGUGCUGACUGAAUGGGCGCAGCAACCCGAGAUUCGCAUCGUCAAGGAAACAGAAAUGGGAUGGGAGCUCUGCGACCCCCUGAAAGGAGACACAGAAUACAGGAUGGCCACAGCCACCACCGAAGGCGAAGAGUAG